AUGCAGCUGCAGGGGGAAGCCCCGCCGCCGGAUCCUGGGAAGGUUUACUCGCAAGAGGAGGUGUCCGUCGAUUUCACUGAGGCAGAGUGGGCCCUGCUGGAUCCGGGGCAAAGAGCUCUGUACAGGGAAGUCAUGCUGGAGAACUAUAGGAAUGUGCAUAGCAUUGGCCUUCUUUAUUGCAGUCACACACUGUCUCGACAUUUUCAAGAUGGAAGACAGAAUAAUCUACAUAUUUUAAAUCAAAGGAUAAUAAGGGCAAGAAAAUCCAUUUGGUGUAAAAAGUACUUCACAAACAGAUCACAGCUCUUUGUACACCAAAUAAUACACAGAGUCAAGAAACCUUUUGAAUGCUCAGAGUGUGGAAAGAGAUUCAGUCACAGUGGCAAUCUUCAGAAGCAUCAAAGAACCCACACAGGGGAGAAACCUUUUGAAUGCUCAGAGUGUGGAAAGGGAUUCAGUCAGAGUGACGGUCUAAAACUGCAUCGAAGAACCCACACAGGGGAGAAACCUUUUGAAUGCUCAGAGUGUGGAAAGAGAUUCUCUCAGAGUUCCAAUCUUCUACUUCAUCGAAGAACCCACACAGGGGAGAAACCUUUUGAAUGCUCAGAGUGUGGAAAGAGAUUCAGUCACAGUGGUGGUCUUCAAGUGCAUCGAAGAACUCACACAGGGGAGAAACCUUUUGAAUGCUCAGAGUGUGGAAAGAGAUUCAGUCAAAGUGGCAGUCUUCAGAAACACCAGAGAACCCACACAGGGGAGAAACCUUUUGAAUGCUCAGAGUGUGGAAGGAGAUUCAAUCAGAGAGGCCAUCUUCAACAACAUCGAAGAACCCACACAGGGGAAAAACCUUUUGAAUGCUCACAGUGUGGAAAGAGAUUCAGUGAAAGUGGUAGUGUUCGGAUUCACAAAAGAACCCACACAGGGGAGAAACCUUUUGAAUGCUCACAAUGUGGAAAGAGAUUCAGUCACAGUGGCAACCUUAAACUGCAUCGAAGAACCCACACAGGGGAGAAACCUUUUGAAUGCUCAGAGUGUGGAAAGAGAUUCACCGACAGUGGUAGUGUUCGGAAGCACCAGAGAACCCACACAGGGGAGAAACCUUUUGAAUGCUCACAGUGUGGAAAGAGAUUCAGUGAAAGUGGUAGUGUUCGGAUUCACAAAAGAACCCACACAGGGGAGAAACCUUUUGAAUGCUCACAAUGUGGAAAGAGAUUCAGUCAUAGUAGCACUCUUCAGAUACAUCAGAGAACCCACACAGGGGAGAAAUCUUUUGAAUGCUCAGAGUGUGGAAGGAGAUUCAGUCAGAGAGGUCAUCUUCGAGAACAUCAAAGAACCCACACAGGGGAGAAACCUUUUGAAUGCUCAGAGUGUGGAAAGAGAUUCCGUCAGAGUGGCUAUCUUCUACUGCAUCAGAGAAUCCACACAGGGGAGAAACCUUUUGAAUGCUCAGAGUGUGGAAAGAGGUUCAGUCACAGUGGCAAUCUUCUUAUGCAUCAGAGAACCCACGCAGGGGAGAAACCUUUUGAAUGCUCAGAGUGUGGAAAGAGAUUCAAUCAGAGUGGCCAUCUUCUAAAGCAUCAGAGAACCCACACA